AUGAAAGAUUUAAAAUAUUUUAAUACAUUUUUGGAUUAUUAUAAUAAAUUAAUUAAUAAAUUCAAAUCCAAUAAUAAUAAUAUUGAAGCAUGUACUAUAAUUGAUGAAAAUUAUACUAAUAUUACUACUCCUAAGGGAGCUACUAAUAUCCCUGGAAAGGGAGCUAAAUAUACACUAAGUAGACCCCGGGAAAGGGAGCUAAAUGACACUUUUGGUACUCCUGGAAAGGGAGCUAAUUCUAUGCCUAUGGAGUGUACUAGUGAGAAAAAUCCUAAUAAAAUUGCUGCUGUAACUAAUACUGGGGAGUCGAGUACUUUUUCUGAGGAUACUAAUGAAGAUACUGUAGAGAUAUGUAAGACCCCUUCGGGGGAUAAGGAAUCCCAUUUCGGGUUUGGUGAGGAAGUUGAUGUAGAACUAGACACCGUAACGGAAGAAUUUUUAGAAUUAAAAAUAAGAAAUAAAGAAAUUAAGAAAUUAAAUGAAAUAUUGGAAAAUUAUCAUAAAAAAGAUGAAAAGUUAAUAAAGAAAUUAAAGAAAUUAAAAUGUUCAAAUAAAGAAUAUGAUUAUUUUCCUAAAUUAGGUGAACAAGAUCAUGAUCUAUGGGAUCUUAAAACUAUAACAUAUGAUAUUGAUAUUAAUUAUAUACAUAUACUUUUUUUUAAUCAUUAUAAUUUAAAUGAAAAUUAUGAAAUUUCUGAUCGAGUCGAUGGGAUUGAGAAUGGAAUUAGACGAGUCGAUGGGAUUGGGAAUGGAAUCUAUGGAAUUGGGAAUGGAAUCUAUGGAAAUGGAAAUGGUAUCGAUGGAAUUGGAAGAUAUAAUAUAAUGAAAAUAGAAAAAAUGAUAAUGAAGAGUAUAGAAAAUAUAAAUGAAAUGGAAGAAAUAUUAAUAGAUAAAUUUGGUAUAGAAAUAACCAAAACAAAUAUCAAUUGUCUAUUCAAUAAUAAUUGGAUUAAUGAUGAAAUCAUCAAUUUCUAUCUACAAUUAUUACAAAAUCAUAAUCGAGUUAAUGGUAUUAAUUCUUCCGUAACGGUGACUGGCCCACCAAACAGUAAUGGUCCUGAUAGUAAUACCAGUAAGGAUAGUAAGGAUAGUACCAUAGGAGCAACCACCGAGUGUACCAUGGGAAAGGGAGCUAAUUUUACAGCCAUGGAGUGUACUAUGGGAAAGGGAGCUAAUUUUACAGCCAUGGAGUGUACUAUGGGAAAGGGAGCUAAUUUUACAGCCAUGGAGUGUACUAUGGGAAAGGGAGCUAAUUUUAUGGGUAUAGAGUGUACUAAUGAAAGGGAGCUAAUUUUAUGGGGAGCUAAUUCUAUGGGUAUGGAUUGUACUAAUAGUACUAAGGAUGGUACUAUACCUGCUGGACCCUUUGGUACUAGGUUCGAAUCCCAGUACCUCAACACUAGUAAUACUAUGAAUACUACUAAGGCUAAUACUAAGGAAAGCCCUUUGGGGGCUAAGGAAAGCCCUUCGGGGGUAGGGAAAGUCCCUUUUGGGGGUGGCUGUUGGACCAAGCAUCAUGUAAUAUUGGAUUGUUAUAAUUAUAAUACUUUUUUUUAUGAGCGUUUAUCAGUUGGUGAGAUGAGUUAUGACUAUAUGAGUGUGAAACGUUGGACAAGAAGAAAGAAGAUAAAUAUAUUUGAAAAGGAUUUAUUAUUUAUACCAAUAAAUGUAUCGAAAAUACAUUGGGCAUUAGGUGUAGUAGAUAUGCGUAAAAAAUGGCGUAGAAUAAUGUUAUUUGAUUCAUUAGGUGGUAGUAAUCCACAUUUCUUUAAAACUAUCAAAAAAUAUCUACAAGAUGAAUAUAAAGAAAUUUUUAAUAAUACAAUUAAUAUAAAUGAAUGGAAAAUUAGAAAUGGAUAUUAUUCCGAACCAUAUGCUCCUAUACAACAAAAUACAUAUGAUUGUGGAUUAUUCUUAUGUCAAUAUGCUAAAUGUAUUACAUUUGGUAAUAAAUUCAAUUUCAUUAAUUUCAAUUCCAAAUUUCUAAGAAAUCUUAUGAUUUAUGAAAUUUUAACUAAUAAUAUUAUACUCAUUUAUUCUAUACACAAUUUAUACUACACAAAAAAUUUUCCAAAUAUAAGAAAAUAUAAAUUUAUUGAUACUAAUAGUAAUGGUAUGAGUAUUAUUGAGGAAAAUUCUACUACUAAAAUUGCUGCACCUAAAGUUGUUACUGGACCUAGAGGUACUAGGUUCGAAUCCCAGUCCUUCACUACUACUAGUAAUACUGGUAUUAGUAGUACUAAGGAUAGUAGUACCACUGAACCAGGCACCGUUACUGAGGAAAAUUUGUCUACACAAAUUGCUGCUGUAACUAAUUUUGGGGAGUCGAGUACUAAUACAGUUAUAGUACUACUAAUUACUAAUAGUACUAAGGAUAUUAAGGAUACUACUACUAAUGGUACUGAAGAACCUGACACCGUAACUGAGAAAAAUACUAUAGAAUUUGCUGCUGUUAUUGUUGCACCUAAUCUAGUUACUAUUAAUACUCCUUAA